AAGUAGCCGGGGGCCGUACGUUGAGUUUUACUUCACCUGUGUUACUGUGCAAGGCUCAAGGGGGGCGUUUUUUAGGGUAAAAGUGUGCUCGCGGUUGCACACGGUAUUUUUCUUUGAUUACUGGAUUGAAUUCUCGCUAAAUGGAACGCAUUGCCAUGUAACUAUAGUGCAACUGCGUGCUACGCUAAAGAUGAAAUGCUGUUGUGAUUGACUCUAGGAAAAGCUACACCAUGAAGAUUUGCUCUUAAAUGAGUUUGAUAGGAAAAAUUGUGUAUUUUUAGAAACCCAUAUUUCAUUUUAAAAGAAGUCGAAGGUAAAUUAACAUUUGUUUGGAAUUGUCAACUUCUGCAUAAAAGAUUACUUCAUAAUUUACUUAUGAAUCUUGUGUUAAACAAUUUGAUAAGUCAGUAGAUUUGUCAUGCUAUAGCAGAAAGAGUUCAUGUUUGAUUCUAAUGAUCGAUUAAAUUACAUGCUAAACUGAAGUAGGCGGGGUGAUCUUGCCUUUAGGCCUACUUUACUUGUGUCGUUUUCAAAUUGUCUGAGUCCAUGACACAGAGAAUAAAUAAUAAGUAUUCGGUAGGUAGCCUAUGCUAAAUAAGGGUAGACUUAUCAGAAUGCAAAUUAAGGAGAAAAAGCUUUGAUCUGAAAGUCUAAAACUAAAAGUUAAGUUGUGUUUUAUUUAUUAUCAGUAAUAUUAGCAAGUCGUUAUUUAAUUGAUGUAAUUUUUUUUUUUUUUUUUUUUUAAUUUUUGCCAGUUUUAAAACUUUUAUUUUUUUAAGUCUUGCCAAGUUUAAAACGUUUAAUUGACUGUUGCCAUUUGUUAAAUAAAAGUUUAUAUUGUCAUGUACUAAUAUUUAGUGUCAUAGAUUUAAAUUAUUUCACAUCAUUAUUUAACUUCGGUUAUGCCACAGCGCUAUGGCCACUGACUAUGACGUGUUCGGGUUGUACAACCCACCCACCGGGUGUGGAGACAAUCGCUGCAGUACAAGUUUCAUGGAGUUUAUUUACUGUGUUGUCGUCCCUGCUGUCAUAGUGCUAGCGCUCUUGGCAUUGCUGGCUGUCAUCAUGUGCUGUAACUCAAAGUCUUGGUAAAAAGUGGAGACUAGUUGAUUAUUUAAAUAUUUAAUUAAAUUUCAGAUAAAGUAGAAAUUGUUUUCCUUUUGAAAUAAGUUAGCGUUUUUUUUCCUUAAAAUAUAGGCCCUACUGGGUAUAAUUUUUUCACAGUAUCAUUUAAAACAAUUAGGGCAGUUAGGGUCACCAAUAGUGGCUAAAUAUUCCAUUUUGAAAUUCAACCAAGUCCAGUAUCAAUUUUUUUAUUAGCUGAACCAAAAGUAAGCUAUUGUUUUAAUUAAAUCAAUGCCAGUUUUGAUUUAGGAGAGAUGAGAAAUACUUUGUAAGUGUUGAUAAUUUCAUUCAAUCACUGCUAAAGGAAACCCAUUGGUUCUGAACUAUAAAUAACAUAGCUUCCUUUGCCUAUGCUAGACUAGAAUCUAGAUGUUCACUCUUGACUGCUCUGGCUUUCUUUAAUUUUAAUUAGGCCAUAGCCCUUAUGGCGUAUGUUUUUUGUUUGUAGCAAUUGUAGCUUUCCAAGAGCUUUCCUUUUAUUGUCUCUUUGUCUCGUCCCAUGUAUUUCUUCUGUAGCUCUAUUUUAUGUUUCAGUAAAUGUAAAAAGAAAGCCUCACAAAACUCACAAACCAAGUAAGUACUAGAACAAUCCUUUUAUAAUAAAAGUUAUUUAAAAGUUAGUUAGUUUCAUUUUUAAAAUGGCUUCGACCCAAUUUCAAAUAAAUAAAUGGGGUACACAAAUUUAAAUGUUUUCUAAAUGUAAAAGUUAUACAAUCUCUGUUAAACUAGUGAUAUCCAAUUGGAAGACUAUAACUCCAUUCGUCGAGCAUCAACUAAUCUACGUCAAAUGUCUCACAAUCGUGAAACUCCUCUAAUGGGUAGUAGAGCUGGAUCAAUGACUCUUGAUCGGACAAGUAGACGGGUCAACAAGGGAAGAGACUCUUGUUAUUCAGCUCCAGGAACUCUACAGAGGUAUUUUAUGAUUAUCAGAGAUGCUUUAGUUAUGGCUGAACAUCAGAGAAUAUUGUGCAAAAAUGUUGAAAUCCCUUAAUUACAUUGUUGUCACCAUGCAUCUUUUAUUGCAGAUUUAAUUGGUGGCUAUAAUUAAAUUAAAAGCUGUUGUGUUUCAGGCAGAUUCGUAACAGACAAUAUGAUCAGCUUGCAACAGGUCCACCCCCACCUUAUGCUUAUGAUAAUGACAAUGCUAUGGCUCUGUAAGUGUACCAAUUCUCUCGCUUCUUCUCAAUCAGAAAAAUCGGGGGUGGGGGUAUUUAAUAUGAUGAUCAACACUGAGUAUCCAUUAGCAUUAUUUAAGUCUCAAUAUUUUAAUUGCUGUUAUAAUUUUGAAAAAGCAAUUUUUUUAUUCAUGCAGUCAACAAAGGAGAAGUCACUUGUCUGAAAUAGAUUCUCCUAGCCCCCCACCUCCACCAGCAUACAGCAUGCAUCCAGAGGAUGAUUUUUUAGGGUAAGAUUCAUCCUAUCUUAAACUGCAUUGAACAUUAGUGAAGUGCCAAUAUGACAUAUAAAUUUCAUUGAAUUUCUCACAGCAUAUUUAUAUCUAAAUUCUAACAUUUUUAAGGAUAGAAAAUAGUGUAUAAAUUAUGAAUGAAACAUGCCAUAAAUUUGUGUAUGUAAAUUGGAUUUAAAAAUCUGAAUGGAUGCAAAGUAAAUCUAAUACUAAUAUUUUUUGCAGUUUUUUCAUCAAAUGUUUUCUUAAAACAUUUUAUUUAUUUUUUCAAUAAUCUAGUUGUAUUCAGUUUGUCAGCUUAAAAAAAUAUUAAACCUUUUAUUUAAUUUGCAUUUGCAUGAUACUACUUUUCUUAAAAUAUUAUUUUGUUUUUAUUUCCAUAGUUCUGAAUAUUUUCAAUCAAGUUUGCAUGCAAGUGUGCGAUAUGAUGACAGCCCCGGAUUUAGCAGCAGUGGAACCCAACCUCUUUUACUUCAAAGAAAGACAGAGAGUUGAAGUUGAAAAGAUAUUUAAAGACAGACUAUUUUUAGAGCAAAUUAAAUGGAUUUUUAACAUGGUAUUGAAAUUAUUUCAGUUGUACAAUAAAUGCAAAAACAUUGAUGGGCCAAAAGAAUCCAACUUAUUACAAGAAAAUCACUAAAUCCCAUUAAUUGAUUUUUACAAUUUUGUCUGUAAAUUGAGCCAUGAAUUAAAAAAAAUUUAAACUACAGACUAUUGUCAUCAAAGAAUGAAGACCUGAUUAUUAAUGUACCAUUAGCUAUUUUUUUUCUUUUAAUUUCAAAAUGAUAUAGGGGAGAGUCUGGAGAAAUGGACAGGUGUGAGAAAUGGACCACCCCCUAUAAAAAUCGAAUCUAUUGGACUAAAAUGUUUUGGAACUAAAUGAAUGCAUAAAUUACUUAUUUUUUGUGUUUUCUAAGAGUUUCCAGAUUAUAUGGUCAGCUAUGAAACAAAUGAAUCACGAGUAAAAUUUUGGCAUAAAAAAAUGUUGUUUUGAACAAACCUCAUCAAAGCGUCCAGAAAUUUAACUGGUUCAUCAAGAAUAAAGGUGAAUAUAGUUAAAUGUAUCACAUUCAGUUAUUUAUAGUAUUUCAUUUUAAAUUUGAUUAUUUGCAUCACGAACUUAUUAUUAUUUUUUUUUUUAAAUUCUGCUUCAACCCCAUAGUGGGGUGAAACGUGCCGAAAAAUGGGGAGAAAUGGACAUAUGUCCAUUUAUCCCCACUGUUUAUUUUCUGUAUACUUCAUUACUGCAUAAUCUUGAAGUAAUUAAAACGUAUUAAUAUAUUGAGCAUGACUUUAGUUAAUUAACUUUAAAGAAAGAUUUUGAAUUAUCAGUCAUGAUUUAUUGUAGUGAAAAGUAAUUUUAGAAAAUAUUUUGCUAAAUAUAUAUGAUAUAAUAUAUGUGUGUAUGAUUAUGUACUGUAGAAAUUAAAUCUUCUUAAUUUUUUAAAGCUUUUUAUUUUAAAAAACAUUAUAAAUUUCCCAUGGGAUGAGAAUUUAAAGUUUCCAAUAUUUUUUCUUGCAGAAACUACACAAGAAAAACGGAUAAUGGUAGAGUAGGCCUACCCUUGGAAGAUAUGAGAAAUGCAGUUGAUUCCAUUAAAGGGGGAAAGUUGAUGCGUAAAGCUGAUACACAAUUUGGACAAGUGACGAUAGUGAGUCUGACAAGAACAUUGACGUGAUAAGCGAUGAUGAUUUUGAUGACUUUAUUUCAUACUGUGAAGACUUGACAACUAAUUGUGUUGAAAUGAGUGGUGUUGAAGAAGUUAUGAAAGGUGAUUGUGUGCUGUGUGAGUAUAGUGUAAGAAAGUCUGUGGUGUUUUAUGUUGCCAUUGUGAGGAAGAAAGUAGAUAAAGAUGGAGAUGAGAAAGUAGAAUUUUUAAGAAAAAGUAAGAAAGUGACUGGCAAAUGUAUAAGACCACACGUAGAAGUCAUUGAGUGUAGGCCUAUAUUAAAGACAUAAAAUGCAAACUUACAAAAAUACAAAAGACUGGGACAGCUAGGACUAAAGGGUUUUUUUCUUUAAAGAAAACCUGAGUUAUUUAAAUGUUAAAUAAAUCUGUGUUUUUGUUUUGCUCAAAUUACAUUCUUUCUACAUCAUUAUAUUUAAUAAAUAUACCGGUACAUAAAAUGUAAAAUGGUUUUGCUUAUCUUUUUUAAUUAAAUUACAUAUUGUAUGGUGCAUUACAGCUCAACUGAGAGAAAAUUAAUUGAAAAUAGGUAAAGUAUUAAUUUGUUUUAACCACUUUUUAGUUAGCUGACCAUUUCUCCCAACAUAGUGGUCCAUUUCUCCCUUCGCUAUGUCCAUUUCUCCCAACCUACAUAGUCAUCAGUGUCUUUUGAAUUUCACAAAAACUAUCAAAUUUAUCAAAAUUCUAAUUAAGUUUUUAAGUGUGAACAUUUGGACUGGCUAUUAAUAAGCCAAAUUUUAUGGUUAUAACUUUCUAUUUGUCAACACCAGCUGCAUACUUUGUCUGAUGCUCAUUUGGUGCAUGGCCCAUUUCUCCCGACUCUCCCCUAUUUGUAUAGCUAUAAGGCUUAGCACAUUAAACAAUAAUGAUUAAUGAGACCAAAAAUAAUUGUGUAAAUAAAACUAUAUACCGUAUGUUAAUCUUAAGCUUUAAUUAUGAUUACACAUUUACAAAAUUAAAGCUUAACAUACAUUGUUUUAUUUAUGGCACACAAUAUGUUUGUGUCUCAUCAAGCUUUAUCACAGUCCAACUCCAACCCUCUUAUAAUUAGUUGUACAAUAUUGUUGUGUUUAAGAAGUGCUAAAGUUAUUGCUUUUCUUGUGAUAGUUUUAAAUUUAAUUCUGGUAUAUCUAAAAAAUAGUGUCAAAAGUGUUAAAAAUUACCGGUAUAGAUUUCUGCUAUAAUUGGUGUAAGCCUACUAUACUUGUUUAUAAUAUUCAUGCACUGGUAUUUUACUCCUUCUCCAUUGUUAUUAUCUAAUUUGAUUAAUAAAAUAUUUAUUUAAAAUUU